GCUCCCGGUACCCUCAGUGGGGUGUCGGGCGAGAUGGCGGCGCUCAGCCUGGGCCGCGGCGUGGGGCGGCUGGUGGGCAGCUUGCGCGGGCGCUCGGGGCAGCCUGGGAGACGGCUGUGUGCGGGGAGCGCGCCGCGCGGGGCGGCCUUGGGGCUCUCGGGUAGCGCCCCCACCCCCGCCACUGCGCCCCCCGGUUCGUACCCCGCGUUGAGCGCUCAGGCAGCCCUGGAGCCGGCUGCCUUUUGGGGACCGCUGGCGCGCGACACGCUCGUGUGGGACACCCCCUACCACACCGUCUGGGACUGCGACUUCACCACUGGCAGGAUUGGCUGGUUCCUAGGAGGCCAGUUAAACGUGUCUGUUAACUGCUUGGAUCAGCAUGUCCAGAAGUGCCCGGACAGUGUUGCUUUGAUCUGGGAGCGUGACGAGCCUGGAACUGAAGUGAGGAUCACCUACAGGGAGCUGUUGGAGACCACAUGCCGCCUGGCUAACACGCUGAAGAGACAUGGAGUCAACCGUGGAGACCGUGUGGCCAUCUACAUGCCUGUCUCCCCGCUGGCUGUGGCAGCCAUGCUGGCGUGUGCCAGGAUUGGAGCUGUUCACACUGUCAUCUUCGCUGGGUUCAGUGCUGAGUCCUUGGCUGGGAGGAUCAAUGAUGCUAAGUGCAAGGUGGUGAUCACCUUCAACCAAGGACUCCGGGGAGGGCGCGUGGUGGAGCUCAAGAAAAUAGUGGAUGAAGCAGUGAAAAAUUGCCCGACUAUCCAGCAUGUUCUGGUGGCUCAGAGGACAGACAAUAAGGUCCACAUGGGAGACCUGGACAUCCCCCUUGAGCAGGAGAUGUCCAAGGAGGCCCCUGUGUGCAGCCCAGAGAGCAUGAACAGUGAGGACAUGCUCUUUCUGCUAUACACCUCAGGGAGUACUGGAAUGCCUAAGGGGCUUGUCCAUACCCAGGCAGGCUACCUGUUGUACGCUGCCCUGACUCACAAGCUUGUGUUUGACUACCAACCAGGUGAUGUCUUCGGCUGUGUGGCUGACAUCGGGUGGAUCACAGGCCACAGCUAUGUGGUGUAUGGUCCCCUCUGCAAUGGAGCCACAAGUGUCCUUUUUGAGAGUACCCCAGUUUACCCUGAUGCUGGUCGGUACUGGGAAACAGUGCAGCGGUUACAGAUCAGUCAGUUCUAUGGUGCCCCCACUGCCAUCCGACUGCUGCUGAGAUAUGGCGAUUCCUGGGUAAAGAAGUAUGAUCGCUCUUCCUUGCGCACUUUGGGGUCAGUGGGAGAGCCUAUCAAUCAGGAGGCCUGGGAGUGGCUCCACCGGGUGGUGGGAGACAGCAGAUGCACACUGGUGGACACCUGGUGGCAGACAGAAACAGGUGGCAUCUGCAUUGCACCUCGGCCCUCGGAAGAAGGGGCGGAGAUUGUCCCAGGCAUGGCCAUGAGGCCCUUUUUUGGCAUUAUCCCUGUUCUCAUGGAUGAGAAGGGCAAGGUCGUGGAGGGAGGUGAUGUUUCUGGAGCCCUGUGCAUUUCCCAGGCCUGGCCAGGCAUGGCCAGGACCAUCUAUGGAGACCACCAAAGGUUCAUAGAUGCCUACUUCAAGGCAUACCCAGGCUAUUAUUUCACUGGAGAUGGGGCUCAUCGAACUGAGAGUGGCUAUUACCAGAUCACAGGGCGCAUGGAUGACGUCAUCAACAUCAGUGGCCACCGCCUGGGGACUGCAGAGAUAGAGGAUGCCAUGGCUGACCACCCUGCAGUGCCAGAAACUGCUGUGAUUGGCUAUCCCCAUGCCAUCAAGGGAGAAGCUGCAUUUGCCUUCAUUGUAUUGAAAGAUGAUGCAGGUGAUGCAGAUGUAGUGGUAAAGGAACUCAAGUCAGCAGUGGCCACCAAGAUUGCCAAAUAUGCCGUACCGGACCAGAUUCUGGUGGUGAAACGUCUUCCAAAAACCCGAUCUGGAAAAGUCAUGCGGCGGCUACUGAGGAAGAUCAUCACCAGCAAAGUCCAGGAUAUGGGGGAUACCACCACCCUGGAGGACCCCAGUGUCAUCACAGAAAUCCUGAGCGCCUUCCAGAAGUACCAAGACAAGCAAGCUACUGCCAAGUGAGAAGGCGGAGCCUCUGCCUUGGUGUUCUGACCAAGAUUAAGUGCCCAGGCCCCUGAAUUGUCCUCUCAGAAUGUAGCCCCAAAGGUGGCAUAUUCCUGUCCCAGCACAUAACCUGCAUACCAUACCAAUGUGAAGUUGGGCUGAAGCCCUUCCUUCCUUCUGGGCACCCUAGAAGUGUAACCUGUAGGGAGGCAGUUAGACUGGGUAGGGUUGUUCUACUUGUACUGGGUUUCAUUUCCAGGAAUGAAUCAUUGUCCUCUGAAGUCUCAUGUCCUCUUGGGACCGUACAAGGAGACCCAAAGCUGGUAGAGCUCACACACUUAGGGUUAGAAGCAACCAGAUUUUCUCUAGGUCUUUCUAGAAAGGACUUUCUACAAAGGGCAGAUAUUUUUAUUUUUUUAUGCUGUUCUAUUUGGAGACAAUGAUGUAUAUGCACUCAAGCAUAAUGUGAUGGAUUUAUUUAAAACUCAGAGCUGUGCAAUCUCUCCUUUGCCUCUGCUGGCUGGGAAGAGUAAUCAUCAGGGGGGUGCUCUUUUCAUUAUUGUUCAGCAUAUUUAGAAGUCUGAAUCAGAAAUGUUUGUGCCUCCAGGUGAACACAGCUGCCCUAAGAACUUGCCAACCUGCAGUGUGGAUCACUUCUUGGUGUCCAUUCCUACUUGGCUUGUUUUGCAGUGGAACUACUACUAACUCCUAAGCCACAGGGUGACAUGCUCAUCAUUAGUCCUGAAGCUACUCCAGUUGUGUUUCUCCAAGCUGUGAUCUGGAAAGACAUUCUUUCACCUUAGAUGCCUCUUGGUAGGAAGUUAAUCUAUUCCAAUAUGUAGGGUUAAUGUUGGAAGUUAGUGAAAACUCAGGUGACUUGUCAGAGAUCCAGUUUGACCUUAACUGGGUUCAUGGAGACUCUGCCUGUCUUUUCUUCUGUGAUUGAACCACUAUGAUCCAAUGAUGAGACUUGGAGCUUCCACUCAAGUAUCUUGCUCUCUCUUCCUCAGUGUGCCUUAA